UAGGGACAUUGGUAUAUUAACAAUAUAUAUUUGAAUGAUGUUUUUGUCGUGUAACUUGUACAAUAAUUGUAAAUUAUUUAGGUUGGUAGAUUUAUUGUUUGAUUUGAAUCAUAUUGCCAGGUUCUUGGGACACGUGUACGCGGGCGAAGCGCUGAUCCUGCUGGACCGGAUACAGGAAGCGAUCGACCACCUGAACCCGGAACGGUGUCCGGACAUGAAUGCGGCUGCGGCUGCGACCCGGCCGCUGCGGCCCUGGUGUCCGCAGACCACCGACACGGCCCGCUCCGUGCUCCAGUACAACCUGGCCGUAGCACUCGUCGUCAGCGGCCGGUACGAGAAGGCCGGUGAUCUACUCAAACAGGUGUGGCAGUCGACUGGAGGUGGAUCGAAAAAUAAUGUUCCUAUUCAUGUAAUCGCUUUGGCAAUGUAUGUAGAACUUCUUUUAGGCCAUGCAGAUGUUGCGAGAACCAUAGUCAAACAAAACUGCAUGCAGAGCCAACGAUGAAAGUCGAAUCAAACUGAAGACAUUUUAACUCUAGUUUAAUUCUAGUUCAGUCAUCCGUGCCAUGGGCACGCGUAUGUGUCAUCUGUAUUUGAACAGCUUGUGGUCACCUCUGUUGUUUCUCUGACACCCGGUUGCACAAAAGUCUGUUGACUUUUGAUCCCCAUUAAAUACCAGGAGAACCAAGUAGAGUAGCUUUCUUCUCAGAAAAACGUUCUCUAAUUGGGUUUCGUGAAAUUUAACAGGCUUUUGUGCAACCGGGUCAAUCACUUUAGGUAAUUAUUGAGUACUCAUAAAAAAUAAUGACAAAUCACAAUUGUAUUGUGUUGAAAUAUAUCAAAAGUACCGUAUUAUACCAAUUGAUAUGAAGGCAAUAUGUACUAGAAUUGAGUGUUUAUCAAGUCCUGUCAGUAUGAUUCAGUGCAACUGAAAGAUAUUAUAUUUAUAUAUUUGUAGAUUAUUGCUGGCCACUAACAGUAGAGGUAGCAUAUGCAUGAUACACAGUCGUCAUAUUGUUGUGUCAUUACAACGAAACGCUUCGAGCAAAAUGAUUUGAGGUAAGCUUUAUGUAUCUCCGAUUUUUUUGUAUUCUAUUCUUUCUUCGCUGCUCAAUCCGAGGUUAAAUUAUUUUUCUAUAAUUGAAAUUUACAAUUUUCCAGUGGUUUAUUUUAUGUUAGAAGCCUCUCGUUGAUGUUUCAUGUUCAUCAUGCAUAUUCUACUGUUAGUGGCCAGCCUAAGCAAACCUCUUAAUAAGUCUGACGUUUGUAAUAUUAAUUUAUAUUCUUAUUUAAUUUAAUAUAUUGUUGUGAAUGAGACUAUUGUUGUGUGUAGUACUCAGUAUAAUGUACAUAAUUACUAUUAAUAAAAAUAGAAAUAAAAAUAAAAAUCUCAGUACCCUUUUUGAAUUAUUUAAUCACAACAUGUUUCGGACAUUGAUGCCAUUUUCAAGUGAUAUGAAGUAAAUCUUAUUUUUCUUUCUAUUUUUAUUACAAGUAGCCCUAUACACAAAGGAGAUGAAUAAUUACUAUUAUUGAUAAUUCAAGCAACUCAGUAAUUUCUGGUUGAGUUGGUUAGAAUGCACGAUUGUAAAAAAUGUAUACUCGUUCUAAACGAGUAAAAUAGGCGGAUUCAUUUAUAAGCAAUAACAUUGUUGAAAACAACUGUUUAUAAUCUUGUAUUAUCAACAAAUGGAGGUUUAAAUUAUGAAUAUUUCCAAGUCUUUAUCUAAUGAAGGUAUUAUAUUGUAAACUAAUGUAAAAGUGAACUCGAAAUCUCUUCCAUCACACUAGACGUUUAGCCUAUAUUUUAAUAUGUGAUAAAUUCAUACGUCUAGCAGGUGGAGAGCUUUGUAUUAUCAUAGAGAAAGGAUAAGCGUAAGCCUAUUUGUUUGUCUAUGGUAUUAUAAUCUGAAUUUCUAUAAAAUAUGUAGAUUUAAAGAAUUUAUUGAUGAAAAAAUAUUAGUUUAAAUAAAUAAAGAAAGUUUU